AGUUCCAUCCUUGGGCUGCCACCACCGAAUCGCUAAUAAUCACAAAGAAAACUCCCCAAUCUGUGGAAUUUCCGGAGACAAAAGCACAUUCAUCGCGGUAAAUUAUCAGAAAGACAGCAUGUCGAAGCUCAGGAACAUGUUGCCUACAAUCUUUGGCGGGAAGGAGCCACAGAGUCAGGAAGAAGAAGGGUGCCUUGAAAAGGAUGCAGCGCCCGUAGACGACAGUGAACCAGAUAACAAUAACAGCGGAGCCCUGGCUCUGUCCGUUUCUAACGGAACUCCCACUGCAUCGGCGGAUCUUACUGAAUCAGUACUCCGCGAGCUCAGCGAUCCCAACUACAAUUCCAUGGAUGUUGUUCAGUCCGCCAAUAUUCCGGGAGCCCUAAGCAACACCCAAACCAACAACACAAUGAAUGUUCACAGCGCCCAGCAACAGGUGGUUAUGAACUUCUCGAAUGCCAACAAUCUGCAUUUCGGCUCUGUUUACAACUUCAAUCAGAACUUGAGUGCGUGUAGUUCCCGAAAGGGCAGCACGAGUGCCACGGAGGAGGCGCUCGCUUCGCCGGACGGCAAGCCUCGGUCCAAUAUCGCCCGUAAAACAGUUAGCAUUGUGGCCAUGAUGCAGUCGCAGGAGGAGCCCGAUGUACGCCUGCUUGAUGCUGUGUCCACCCACUUAGGCGAAGGCUGGAAGCAGGUGAUGCGGGAUCUCGGACAAUCAGAAGGGCAAAUUGAUCAGGCAAUCAUCGAUCAUCAAAUGCAUGGAAAUAUCAAAGAGGUGAUUUACCAGCUGCUGCUUCAAUGGGUUCGAAGCUCGGAGAACGGGGUGGCCACCGUCGGACGACUCACUACGCUGCUGUGGGAGUCCCAGCAUCGCGAUUGCGUGCAUCGCAUGAAACUGGUUUGGAAGGCACUGGAGAAGCGCAAGACGAACAGCUAGUCAGUGGAUGGGACUCAUUAGCAACGAUUCCAUAACGAAAACGAUGCAUUCGGAGCAGCCUCUCGAUGGUCAUGCUUGUGGGAGGAAGCGUAUUGGGAAGGCUAGCAAUACCGACGUUUGAAAGACGCACAACGUCCAAUGUGUGACGGUAUCGAGCGGUAUAGAGAGGAGACCAUCAGGCAAUAUGUGUGCAAUAUUUGUUUUAUAAAUCCAAACCUUCGAAUAAGUGCCUAGAUGUUUGCAUUAACUAUUCUUACACCAGUUUUAUCCUUAAGAUGUGAUAUUUGUGUCGAAAACGGAACCAACACUUGAUGUUUACAUUGAGAAUAUUUUUUGUAAAGUGUAAACAAAUAGAAGCUUUAUUGUUACGUAA